AUUUUGCACCUGAAGAGGUUUGGCUUUAUAAAAACCUGCAAGCUUCAGAAGGUGAAUGACCCCGUCAGACUGCAGAGGGACUUGAUGGUGUCAUCCAAACAGGGUGAUGGUUGUUACAGUCUUAUAAGCAUCAUUAGUCACUAUGGAGGAACAGAAUCAGGACACUACAUCUGUAAUUCCGUGCAUCCUGAUGCGAGCCCGCAGGUUACAUCAGAUCCUUGGCUCACCUAUAAUGAUGCACAGGUGCUCCACACAACCGGAUGUGCAGUUUUUGAGGAACAGCAGCACUCAGCCUACAUCCUGUUUUACAAGAGAAACGAUGUGGAAGCAAGUUACAGCCAUCAUCAUGCUGAAAAGGAAGGAGCAACAGUCGUCUCAGACAAAUUUUAGGUAAGUAUUGCCCUUAGGAGGAAGGGUCCUCCCAGAGAGCCUGGCUCCUCCUAAGAUUUCUUCCUCCAGGAGGGAGUUUUUUCUUGCCACCGUCGCCUCACAUUCACUGGUCUCAUCGUCAGAGACAUUGUUAACCUCCUAAGGCCUGAACUCUUUCAGUUCACGCAUUUUUAAUU